AUGGCGGAGGCGGAGGCGGAGGCGGAGGCGACGGCGGGGCGACUGAGGCUGUACUCGUACUGGCGCAGCACGUGCUCCCACCGCGCCCGCAUCGCUCUCAGUCUCAAAGGUGUGGAUUACGAGUACAAGGCGGUGAACCUUCUCAAGGGCGAGCAGUCUGAUCCAGAAUUCGUCAAGCUUAAUCCUAUGAAGUUCGUCCCUGCGUUGGUUGAUGGCGAUUCUGUAAUCGGUGACUCUUACGCGAUAGCAUUGUAUUUGGAGGACAAGUACCCAGAGCCUCCUCUUCUACCUCACGACCUUCAAAAGAAGGCUUUGAAUCACCAGAUUGCAAGCAUUGUAGCUUCUGGUAUUCAACCUCUCCAUAACCUCACAGUGUUGAGGUUCAUUGACCAAAGGGUUGGUGCAGGGGAGAGUGUCUUGUGGACUCAACAACAAAUCGAGAAAGGUUUCACAGCUAUUGAGAACCUAAUACAACUAAAAGGCUGUGCUGGGAAGUAUGCGACAGGAGAUGAAGUCCAACUGGCAGAUGUAUUCCUUGCACCCCAGAUCUAUGCAGCCAUUGAACGCACUAAAAUUGACAUGUCAAAUUACCCCACGCUUGCUAGGCUUCACUCGGAGUAUAUGGCACACCCUGCAUUUGUAGCAGCGCUCCCUGGCAGGCAACCAGACGCCCCUUCCUCUUCCUAG